CCUCGGAGAGCGCCAUGGACGAGUGGGAUCUCCCACAAUGGAAAAAAGAGGUGGAAAGCCUCAAGUACCAGCUGGCCUACAAGAGGGAGAUGUCCUCCAAGACCAUACCUGAGUUCGUGAAGUGGAUCGAGGACGGGAUUCCCGAGGAUCCCUUCCUGAACCCGGAGCUGAUGAAGAACAACCCCUGGGUGGAGAAAGGCAAAUGCAUCAUCCUCUGAGCUCCAGUUCCAGCAGCAGAACCCGAGCCAAACCCUGCCCUGCCCCCUUCCCUCGCUGGUAGCUGUAGAAGGGGUUUUAGACGUGGGGGGACACGGGGGAGCCCCCCAGGAUGGGCAGCCUGGGGGCCAGCAGCAGCAAAAGCUGCUCCAGGGCUUCGCUGCAGCUUCAUCCCGAAAAAGGCAGAUUUUUGCAACUUGUAUAGAA